AGGGGGCGCUGUGGGCGAGCCCGCGCCCGGCACCGCGUCCCCGGGGAGGGGCCGCCGCGCCGCCUCCGCGCCGCACACCCGGAAGACGCGCCGGCCGCUGGGAGCGCGCCCGCCCGGCCCGGCCAUGCAGCCCCUGGACGUGGGUCCGGCGCCCGCGGUCGCGGGGGAGCCGCGGCUGAGCCGCUGGCUGCGGAGGGGCAGCGGGAUCCUGGCGCACCUGGUGGCGCUGGGCUUCACCGUCUUCCUGACGCUGCUGUCCCGGCCGGGAACCAGUCGGUUCUCCUGGCACCCGGUAUUCAUGGCCUUGGCGUUCUGCCUCUGCAUGGCUGAGGCCAUCCUCCUCUUCUCGCCCGAGCACUCUCUCUUCUUCUGCUGCUCCCGGAAGACCCGGAUCCGACUCCACUGGGUCGGCCAGGCCGUCACCAUCCUCUGUGCGGCCUUGGGCCUAGGCUUCAUCAUCUCCAGCAGGACCCGCAGUGAGCUGCCCCACCUGGUGUCCUGGCACAGCUGGAUAGGGGUUGUGACACUGGUGGCCACGGCCGGGCAGGCACUGUGUGGGCUGUGCCUCCUCUGUCCCCGGGUGGCCAGGGUCUCAAAGGUGGCUCGCCUCAAGCUCUAUCAUCUGACCUGCGGACUGGUGGUCUACCUCAUGGCCACGGUCACAGUGCUCCUGGGCAUGUACUCGGUGUGGUUCCAGGCCCAGAUCAAAGGCACUGCCUGGUACCUGUGCCUGGCGCUGCCCCUCUACCCGGCUCUGGUGAUCAUGCACCAAAUCUCUAGCUCCUACUUGCCAAGGAAGAAAACAGAAAUGUGAAUCCCUCCCACCUCCAAAUCUAGGCGGAACAAGGGCUUUGGACUUUACUAGCGCUGCAGAGGAGCCCUGUGAGAAGGGGUGGGUUUAGUAAGCCGACGUAGCUGAACCCGGGGCUGCAGAAACCCAGACUGUGGAUGGAGGAGGGCUU